GGUCCGGCCCGGGCUGUGCCGCCUGCGACCUGGGCGCCCCCCUGGCCUGCACCUCCCUCAUGCCCUCCGACCCCCGGGCCACCUGCGCCUCCAGCCUGGCCUACUCCAACCGUACGCUGUACAAGUCCAUCACGUGUGUGUCGGGCGGCGCCGCCGGAUCCAGCAUCGCCAAAUUCCUGGAUUCCAUGGAGGUGUAUUGCAGCACGGUCCCCAUCGCGCCCCUGCUCCCCGCCUGGGCCGCACUGGGACAGCAACUGAACCUGUCUGCCUACCUCACAACCUCCACAGCAGCCGCCUCCGCCUCCGCAGCAGCAGCUGCAGCAGCAGGAGCAGCGGGGGCGCCGGCAGCAGGAGGAGCAGAAGCCGCCAACAGCAUUAGUGCCAAUGGCAGUAGCAACAGCAACAGCAGUAGCAACAGCAGUGGCAGUAGCGGCGGCGGCUACUGCCUUAUCGCGCUGCGGGCGGGAGACUUUUUCAAACGGGCUUACCUGCAGUGCCUGGCACGGAGCUGUCAUUUCGUCCAGGGCAGCCGCUCCUACUGGUGUGACGGCGGCCUCGAAUGCGCGUGCCCCACUGACAUGCCUACCGGCGGUAGCAGCAGCAGCAGCAGCAACCGCAGCAGUAGCAGCGGCAGUGGCAGUAGCCGCAGUGGCAGUAGCAUGCCUGCCUGCAGCAGCCGGCUGGCGGACAUGGUCGGCAGCGCCGGAAGCAACAUCCGUAUGACCUGCCCCACAACCGGCAGUAGCAGCGGCAGCGGCGGCAGUAGCAGCGGCAGCAGUAUCAGUAGCGGCAGCGGCAGCGGCAGCGGCGGCAGUAGCACCAGCAGUGCUUCCGACGCCGGCAGCACCCCCGGCGGUAGCAGCGGCGGAAGCGGUGGGGGCGGAGGAGGCGGGGGGAACUGCAAGCUGGAGAUUGAGGGCAUUCCGUUCGACAUGCCGCUGGCCUGCUCGGCUCGGGAGUGUCGGCCCAGCGCCGCCUCCGCCUCGGUGGCUGCGGCGCUGCUGGGUGCGGAGCCGCCGCCGCCGCCGCCCGUGCAGGACUGGGUGCCGUUGCUGGCAGCUCUGCCCGUGGCCGCGGUGACGCUGCUGGCAGCGGCUCUGGCUCUGGGGCUGUGGGCGCACCGCCGCAGUUUUGCUGCCGUCUGGUCUAGCUACCAAGACCCACACGGCGGCGGCGGCGGCCGUUACGGCGGCGGCGGCGGCGGUUACACUUCCCUGGAUGGCGACGACGACGUUGGUGACGGUUUUGGCGGUUUUGGCGGUUUUGGCGGCGGCGGCGGUUCUGGCGGCGGAGGCAGCGGUUGGCAGCAGCAGCCGCAGCAGGCGCCUGAUGGCAACACGGCGCCUUCCGCUGCCGCCGCCGCCGCCGCCGCUGCGACUAAGGCCGGCGGCGGCAGAGGUGGCGGUAAUGGGGAUCUGGAGGAGGCGGGGGCAGCGCUUUUCAAGGGCUCCGGCCGCCGCGGCGGCGGCGGCGGCGGCGGCGGCGGCGGCGAUGACGUAGCAAUCGGCGGCAGCGGCGGUGCCGCGAAUGACGAGCUCGUGUUUGUGUUUGAGGAUGUGAGUGUGUUCGUUCCACACCACCCCCCCAAGCACCCUCAUCACCACAGCCACCGCCUCGGCAGCCACCGCCCUCGCACCCCAGCAGCAGCAGCAGCAGUGGCUGCUGGCGGCGGAGACGGUAGGCCUGGAGGUGGACGCGGCAGUAGCAGCAUCAGCAGUUUCGGCAGUGGCAGCAGUGGCGGUAGCAGCCACCUUGCAAGUCCGCCACAGCCCAAGACCGCGGACGCGGCAGCUGCGGCUGCAGCCACCGCCGCCGCCGCCGCCGCUUCCCCUCCUGCCUACCCACCCGCCUUCCGGCCCGACUCCACCACCUCCACCUCCGAAUCCUCUGCUGCCAACGCCUCACCACAGCCGCAGCCGCCAUCACUCCUAACCGCGGCCCGCGGCGGCGGCGGCGCCUCGGCCAUUGACACUGCCAGUGGCGGCAGCAAUGGCGGCGGUGGCGGUGGCGGCGGCGGCGGCGGCGUCAGGAACAAGACGGCGGAUGGCGUUUCAGGAGACGCAGACGCAGACGAUACUACGGUGGCGGCGGCAGCGGCGCCGCCGCCUCAGCCACCUCCCGGAGUACGUGCAGUUGGAGGAGGUGGCGGCGGCGGCGGGCUGGGCGGCUGGGCGGCGGCGACGCUGGCGAGGGUCGGGGCCGGGCUGCGCCGCCGCGGCCGCGGCAGCAGCAGUGGUGGUGCCGCUGCUGCUACUGCCACUGCGGCUGCGGGUGCGAGUGCUGCCACGGCUGCUGCUGCUACUGCCGGCCGCAGUGGCUGGCGCCCGAUCGUGGACGGGGUGUCAGGCUGUGUGCGGGCUGGCGAGAUGCUGGGUGUGGUGGGGCCGAGCGGCUGCGGCAAGAGCACACUGCUGAGUGUGCUGGCCAGCUCCUAUGUCGAGCUGCCCCCCGGCGCACGUGUGGGAGGUCGGGUGGCUCUGGGCGGGGAGGCGCGGCAGGCGGCGCUGCGGCGGGCGACCGGGCUGGUGCCGCAGGCGGACGUGCUGCCUGCCUCUCUCACCGUGGCCGAGUGUGUGGCCUACAGCGCCGCACUGCGACUGCCGCCACACACGCCCGCAGGGGAGGUCAAGGCUCGGGUGGCGGGGGUGCUUGAGGAGUUGGGUUUGACACGCGUGGCACACUGCCUCGUGGGCACCGGCUUGGGAGGCGGCGGCGGAGGAGGAGGCGGUGGUGGCGGCGGGGGAGGCGGCGGGGGAGGCGGCAGCAAGGCAGGAGGAAGUGGGCUGGGAGCGUGGUGGCCGUUUGGCGGCGGCUGCGGCGUUGGUGGGUGCGGCGGCGGAGGCGGCGGAGGAGGCGGCGGCGGCGGUGUGCUGAGCUGCUUUGGCGCGACUGGGCGUGGAAUCAGUGGCGGCGAGCGGCGGCGCGUGUCCAUUGCUAUGGAGCUGGUUAUCUCGCCGCGGCUGUUGGUGCUUGACGAGCCGACCAGCGGCCUAGACAGCUGGGCGGCACACAACCUCAUCCGCACGUGCGCGGCGGUCGCCUCGCACGGCCGAGUGGUACUGCUGUCGCUGCACCAGCCCUCACCAGACAUGGUGGCCAGACUGGACCGCCUCAUGCUGCUGGCGCCGCCGCCGCCGCCGCCCUCGUCUGGUCCGCCGUCUGGCCCGCCGCCUGGUCCGCAGUCUGGUCGGCCCGGACCGUCUGGUCUGCUUCCUGGAUCCGGGAAAGGAGGAGGAAUAUGGGUUGGAGGCGGAGCAGGAGGCGGAGCCGGAGGGGGUGCGGCGUUCUUCGGUCGCCCGGCGGCGGCGGCGGCGCACUGCGCGGCGGCGGGCUGGGCCUGUCCCCCGGGCCGCGCCAUCUGCGAGCACCUGCUACAGCUGGCCAACCACCCGCCCGCCGCCGCAGCCCUGGUGGCAGCUACUGCCGCCGCCGCCGCCGCCACUGGCGCCGCCUCUGCUACUGCCGAUGCCUCUGCAGAUGCCGCCACUGGUGCUGAUACCGCUACUGCCGGCGGCACUGCUGCCCCUGCUGCUACUGCCGACCGGGCUGCAGCGGCAGUAGCUGCAGCUGCUCCUGCCGGCCCGGACGGCGAGUGUACGGCAGACGCAGGUGGGCCCGCCGCCACUGCUACAGCCGUCUCUCCGCCUGUGCUUUCCAACCACUUGGUUGAGAAGGCGGCAGUAGCAGCGCCGCUGGCUCCGCCGCCGCUGCUAUUGCCGCCUGAGCCGGCGGCGGCGGCGCUACUGCCGCUGGAGAACCAUGGCUGCGACCCUGUGGUUGUGGGCGGUGGCAGUAGCAGGGCCGACAACAGCGGCGGCGACGGCAGUAGCAGCAGCAGUAGCAGCAGCGGCAGCAGCACAGCGUUACCGGCGGCUGGUGUGGACACAACGCCAUCCACUUCCGACACAACUACUGCUACUGCCACCCCCGGGCUCGGCAGUAGCACACCCAUGGCCGCCAGCCGCACCGCGACCUCCGUCCUGACGCCCCCUGCUACAGCCACAGCCGCCGCCGCUGGAAUUGCUGCUACUGCCGCCCACAGCGCCAUCUCCCGAUCGCGAAGCGGCGGCAGUAGCAUCGCCGGCGGCGGCGGCGGCAGCUAUAGCAGCGGGCCCCAAUCGCUGCUGCUACUGCCACCUGCGGGCCGGCCGCGGCGGCUGACAGCUCAGAACCUGGAGGGGGCUGCAGCGGGCGCGGUGGCCGCUGCCGCUGCGGCUGCAGCAGCUGCUACAGCCGGCCACCACCACCCACCGCACAAGCUGGCCCAACAGCUACAGCCAUGGAAGCAGCAGCAGCAGCAGCAGCAGCAGCAGCAGCAGCAGCAGCAGCAGCAGCAGCCGUGGCAGCAGCAACAGGGUCAGGAGAAUGCGGAGACGGACGGGGAGUGGGUUUCCGCAGCGCCAGCGCCAACGGCGGCAGUAGCAGUAGCCGUGCCAGGCUCCCCCUCCUCCUCCUCCGCCACCGCCGCCACCUCCCACCACUGGAACGUCGCGCUGCUGCCGUACCCACCUCCGGCACCCACACCGCCGCUACAGCCGCCAACGGAUCCCGCCAGCCGGUAUUCGCCCUCGGCAGUAGCAGCGGCUCCCGGUCCACCGCCGGCAGUAGCAGGAAUGGCUCCCUAUCCGCCGCCGGCAGCAGCAGCAGCAGGCGCAGUAGCAGCAGCAGGAGCGGGAGCAGCAGCCCGCACCUCCCCCACCUCCCCCGCCCCCACCUCCUCCCCCACCUCCUCCCCCACCGCCUCCUCCCCCAUCUCCGCCUCCUCCUCCUCCUGCUCCGGCGGCUGGCGGCUGUGGUGGCGUGCCGCCUGCCUGCUGACGUGGCGGUGCGGUGCUGACCUGGCGCGCUCGCCCGGCCUGCUGCUGCUGCAUGUGGCGCUGGGGCUGGGGGCGGGGGCGCUGGUGGGGCUCAUCUUCCUGCGGCAGGAGGCGGACCUGACGGGCAUGCAGAACGCGGCGGGCGCCAUCUUCUUCAGCCUGGCACUGUUCGGCUUCACCUCACUCACCUCCCUGGACGGCCUGAUGCGGGAGCGGGCGCUGGUGGGGCGCGAGGUGGCGGGCGGCUACUACCCCGUCAGCGCCUACAUGCUGCCGCGACUGGUCCUGGACGGGCUCCUCCUGCGCGCCCUGCCCGCCGCCCUCUACUCGGCCCUGCUAUACCCGCUGGUGGGGCUCACGGCGGCGGGGCCGGGCCGCCCCGCCGCCUUCGUGUUGGUGCUGGCGGGCUUCGCGGCCUGCAGCGGGGCGCUGGCCAUGGCGGCGGCGGCGGCGGCGCCCAAUGCGGCCACAGUGACGCUGCUGAUGAACCUGCUACUGCUGCUGUGGACGCUGGUGGGGGGCUUCCUGGUGAACCCCGCCUCCAUGCACCCGGCCCUGGCGUGGCUGAGGUACGUGAGCCCGCUGUCGUACGCCUUUGAGGCGCUGUUCGCAAACCAGGUCAAGGGCACACGCUUCGUGUUCGACGUGUCGGGGUACGCGCGUGUGGAUGACGUGUUGGGCGAGACAUUCAUGUCCGCCCUGGGCCUGGACCCUCACGCAGCCCUGAGGGACGUGGCGGCGCUGGCAGGCUUCCACGCCGCAUUCGCCGCCGCCGCCGCACUGCUGGCCUGGAGGAGGUGCAGGCAGCCCGGGCCGCCGCCGCCACUGCCGGCCGCGGCGGCCGCGGCAAGAGGAGGCGGUGUGGCGCCGGGGGCGCUGGUGGGGAAGGCAGCUGGCGGGGGUGAAGGCGGUGGCGGUGGCGGUGGCGGCGUGGGUGGUCAGGGAACGGCGGCGCGUUGACGUUAAAUGGAGACAGGCAGCGGAGGGGGGCGUGAUGUACACUAUGGUACUUCUGUGGCGGCGGCGGCGUGGCGGCUAUUUAGAAGCUUGCGUGAACACGUGAGAGAGCAGGAAUUGCACAGAGAGAGGAGGAAUUUCACAGGGCUGAGAGAAUGAGAGCGUGGGCGAGUUGGGAGCACAAUCUGCGGUCCUAAAUGUGGAGGUCGAUCGCCGGAAUGAAUGCAUGUGUUCACCUUUUGAGUAGUCACGUGUAGGAGGAGCCGAGGUGUGUGUAUGUGUGUGUGUGCGGCUUCCACGAAAUGAAAGGAAAGGAACCCAUGCCAGGCACGCAGCGCACCUGCGGCCCGUUUCAUGCAUGUGAAGCAUGCACGGGCAUCAUGGGGUGCGUGUCAGCUUGUGUCAACUGUGAAGAGGGUAGUAUUGACGUGCUUGAAAAAACGCAACACUCACAAGCGAACGUAGUAGACGGGGCAACAGCGCGAUGCGCGGUUUGGGAUAAUUUUGGUCUGGUACGCACAUCCGUCCAUCUGUUGUGUCCGGGCUGCAAUGAUAGAUGUGUGCGUGCCGGGCCGCUUGCCGAGGCAGUGAAGGAGGGUGAUGCAUUGGCUACAAGAGGGGUCUGCUGACGCAGUUCACGAGCUAGGAACGCGGAAUGCGAGAAGGCGCAAGUCCAGUGUGGGUAAGCCAUUGUGGGUAAGCCAUUGUGAUGUAGGACAAGCAAGAGCAGUGUGGGUAAGCCAUGGAGGUUGCAUGGGCUACACGAGGGCGCUGCCGACGCACUUCGUGGGGCACGGGACGCGUGCCUGGGUCCUGGGAUGCCUGCGCUGAUGCUGCACGCCGGAGCGUCACAGAACAUGAGGUCAUGUCUGGCCCCCACCUGCCUCGCUCGCCUGCGAAGUGCGGGAGGCUGGGAACAGCACCGGUCACCGGAUCAAGCAGCCAGGAGCCGGAUGCGCAGGAACCACUCAACCAAGGGCCAAGGGCCAAGGGCAGGACCUUAUCGUGUGUUGUUCUUCAUGAGGUAGGAAGGGCACGCACACAUACAGAUCGUGCGCACCACCUUGUAACACAUAAACACA